UGCUUUGAGGUCACGCAAAGCGCAGCUGCUUUCAUCAGAGUUUGUUCUCGAUCAGAUAUCUUGCGUUGAAAUGGAAGAGCAAGCGUUGCCGUUUGUUCAGCAGAAAGAAAUUGAUAUCGAAAAUACAUUGGACAAGAUACGACAUCAAUUGGCUGCCAUGAGGAGCCAAGAUGCUACUCUUCAGAGACAAGUUAACAGAAUAAAGAUGAACAUUGAAGACAUAACUGUGGAAAUAGAGGCUAUGAUCAGGCCACAGAUGCAUCAGCCUGUGCAAACAAGGAGUGUAAAAACAAGCAACAACUGCAUCCCUAAGAUCAGGCAACAGCCAGCAUCUCCCGAGUCACCUGAACUGCACAAGCAAUGGUCAAGUCCCGUUGAGACCUGGAGAAUACGUCCACAUAGUUCCAGAUCGCUGCUACCCAGGCAAACGUCUCACUUCUAUGAGGAUGCUCUUUGGGAUGAAGGGACACCUGCAACUCUGGGAAGACCACGAUCAGUAUCCGAACCACAUGCAAAGUUUAGUGGAAGCAGUGGAAGUGUCAACAGCAUCACAUCAACUGGCAGCAGACUAAGUUCUGACACACAGCCUACAUCUCCACUGGCAACCUGUGACAGUAACAAAGACCAAGAUCAAUGCAAACCGGGCGAGAGCAUAGAAAGGAAGUCUUCCACAGAUUUUUCAAGACGAAGAAGCAGUCUCAGCAGAGCAUUCAGUUCAUUUCGAAAGGCAAGAGUUGGGCGAUGGCUGCUGCGCCGAUUUAGUCCAACAGACCUUAGCAGUCCAUCAAGUCUAACAGAUGUAUCAUUAUCUGUGAGAGAACCAGACGCACACACAAUCAUAUGACUACCUUGCGAUCAUCAAACAGAAUGAAAUAUGGAACUCCUAAAAACAGCAUUAAGAAAUUAUAGCCAAAUUAUAUUUGCUUUUUAUGGUGGAGAACCGUAUAGACAUGUACAGCAAGGGAACAGAGUAUAUAGUGAGUCUCAAUUAAACUUUUGUACAUUUGAUGACAGCUGCAAUAAGUUAGAACCUCAGAACUUGGCCUGAGGUGUAAUCCAAAGCACUUUAUUAUUAAUAGAAUACAUUAUGUUGGCCUGUAACUC